AUGGCUCCUGCUGCCGUUCCGACUUCCGACCCGCCUUCCCAGGCAGAUACUCCCAUGACAGACGCAAAUGAGGAGAUUACUUCAGUGCCCGUAGACCCUCUAGAUGCGAAGAUGACAGAUACGCCUGACUACACGGAUUCCGAUACGAACCCGAACACCACUGCAAGCAGUGUUGCAGGCGAUGUAGUUCCAUCAGACGGCCGAAGGCGAAGGUCCGAGGCCUUUCAAAUGAGGAAGAAUAUGUUUGGCAAGAAACAUGGCUCCCUGAAUGAGAAUAAGGAUGAUGACUCUAUCCGGAGGUUUCGCUAUCUACUUGGACUCACAGAUCUCUUCCGUCACUUCAUCGAGUCAAAUCCAAAUCCCAGAAUCAAAGAGAUUAUGGCGGAAAUCGACAGGCAAGAUGCAGAAGAAGCAGCAAAGUCCAAGCGGAAAGUCUCUGCGCGGUCAGGAGGUGCAAGCGGCGAGCGAAGACGGCGGACGGAACAAGAAGAGGAUGCCGAGCUUCUUAGCGACGAGAAACGUGGUGGAGGAACCAACACAAUCUUUCGAGAAUCGCCGCCAUUCAUUCAGGGCGAAAUGCGUGACUAUCAAAUUGCUGGACUGAAUUGGUUGGUUUCCUUACACGAGAAUGGCAUUUCGGGAAUCUUGGCGGAUGAGAUGGGUCUAGGCAAGACUCUUCAGACGAUCUCAUUUAUUGGCUAUCUUCGACACCUCUGCGACAUCACUGGUCCUCAUCUCGUCGCGGUCCCCAAAUCCACCUUGGACAACUGGAAGAGAGAGUUCCAUAAAUGGACCCCGGAAGUCAAUGUGUUAGUCCUACAAGGAGACAAGGAGGAGCGUCACAAGUUGAUUAACGAGAGGCUUCUGGACGAGGAUUUCGAUGUCUGCAUCACUAGCUACGAAAUGAUUCUCCGGGAAAAGUCGCACCUGAAGAAGUUUGCUUGGGAGUAUAUCAUUAUUGAUGAAGCUCAUCGGAUUAAGAACGAGGAGUCAUCGCUCGCCCAGAUCAUCCGCGUCUUCAACUCUCGGAAUCGCCUCCUAAUCACUGGUACUCCGCUUCAGAACAACCUCCACGAAUUGUGGGCUCUUCUCAAUUUUUUGUUGCCCGAUGUCUUUGGUGAUUCUGAAGCCUUCGAUCAGUGGUUUUCAAACCAGGAAGCGGAUCAGGAUACUGUUGUGCAACAACUUCAUCGUGUUCUGCGACCAUUCCUUCUUCGCCGCGUGAAGAGUGAUGUCGAAAAGAGUUUACUUCCGAAGAAGGAAGUUAAUCUAUACGUCCCCAUGUCCAGCAUGCAAGUAAAAUGGUAUCAAAAAAUUCUUGAGAAAGAUAUUGAUGCCGUUAAUGGAGCCGGCGGUAAGAAAGAGUCCAAAACUCGCUUACUGAAUAUCGUCAUGCAACUGCGCAAAUGCUGCAACCAUCCCUACCUCUUCGAAGGGGCAGAAGAGGGUCCUCCUUACACUAACGACGUACAUAUCAUCAACAAUUCUGGUAAAAUGGUGAUUCUCGACAAACUUCUUGCUCGCAUGCAGGCGCAGGGGAGCAGAGUUCUCAUUUUCUCUCAGAUGAGUCGUGUUCUGGACAUUUUGGAGGACUACUGCGCGCUCCGAAAGUACCAAUACUGUCGAAUUGAUGGCACUACAGCUCAUGAGGAUCGAAUUGCCGCCAUCGAUGAAUAUAAUAAACCAGAUUCGGAUAAGUUUAUUUUCCUCCUAACCACAAGAGCGGGAGGGUUGGGUAUCAACUUGACGACUGCGGAUAUCGUUGUGCUGUAUGACAGCGACUGGAAUCCGCAGGCCGAUUUGCAGGCAAUGGAUCGUGCUCACCGCAUUGGUCAAACGAAACAGGUCGUUGUAUACCGGUUUAUCACCGAAUCAGCCAUAGAAGAGAGAGUUCUGGAACGUGCUGCGCAGAAAUUGCGAUUGGAUCAGCUUGUUAUUCAACAAGGUCGGGCUCAGCAACAGGCCAAGAAUACCGCUUCCAAAGAUGAGUUGCUCGGUAUGAUCCAACAUGGAGCUGCGGAGAUCUUCAACAAGCAGGGUGGAACGAGUACGCUGCAGGAGGGUAAGGAUAUAACCGACGACGACAUCGAUGCAAUUUUGCGUAAGGGUGAAGAGAGAACGGCGGAACUUAGCAAGAAAUACGAGCAACUGGGUAUCGACGACUUGCAGAAGUUCAACUCCGAAAGUGCCUACGAGUGGAACGGUAAAGACUUUACUACAGACAAGAAGAAAGACAUCGGAAUCCACUGGAUUAACCCUGCGAAGCGUGAGAGGAAAGAGCAGUUCUACUCCAUAGACAAAUACUACCGCCAGGCCCUGGCUACUGGUGGACGAACGGCUGAUCCAAAACCUAAAGUGCCUCGAGCACCGAAGCAGAUCGCUAUUCACGACUGGCAGUUCUUCCCUCCUGGCCUCCAAGAGCUUCAAGACAAGGAAACGGCCUAUUUCCAUAAAGAAAUCGGUUACAAAGUUCCUCUUCCCGAUGGACCUGAGGAACUCACACACCGUGAGGCGGAACGUGACCUCGAGCAGGCUAUGAUUGACAAUGCGGCGCCUCUGACUGAAGCGGAACAGGCGGAGAAAACGAAGCUAUCAGAGCAAGGUUUUUCAGAUUGGAACCGUCGUGAUUUCCAGCAGUUCAUCAACGGAUCUGCCAAAUUCGGCCGCACAGACUACGCCGGCAUCGCCACUGAAGUAGACAGCAAGGACCCAAAGCAGGUCGAGGAGUACGCCAAUGUGUUCUGGAAGCGUUACACGGAAAUCCAGGAUUACCCCAAGUACAUUCGCGUCAUUGAGCAAGGAGAAGAAAAGCUCCGUAAAAUGGGCCACCAGCGUAAGAUGCUUCGGAAAAAGAUGGAGAUGUACCGCGUGCCCCUCCAGCAACUGAAGAUCAACUACACCGUCUCAACAACAAAUAAGAAGGUCUAUACGGAGGAAGAAGACCGAUUCCUUCUUGUCAUGUUAGACAAGUAUGGCGUUGAAGGCGAAGGCCUGUACGAAAAGAUUCGCGAGGAAGUCCGCGAGUCCCCUCUCUUCCGCUUUGAUUGGUUCUUCCUCAGCCGGACUCCUGUGGAAAUUGGCCGCCGCUGUACGACGCUCCUCAACACAAUCGCCAAAGAGUUCGAACCGGACGGCAAGAAUGGUGAUGGAAAGGGACGCGGCCGCGACCGAGAGGACGACGAACUUGACAAUGAAGACGACGUUCCAGCUAAGAAGAAGACCAAGGGCGCCGUGAACAAGCAAGUCAAAGCCGUCAAGGGCAGCAAAGGAAACUCCGCCUCCACGUCUCGAGCCUCUUCAGCCAACCCUCCCAAGUCGCGCGGGCGAAAGAAGUGA